GUUUCCAAUUUAAAAAUCUGACUUCAAUCCCUCGCCAAAACCAGAAGAAAACCAGAAAAAGGGAUGGCGGAAGAGGAGAAUGGUGUGACGGCCGGCGGGGAGUUUUACCUGAGGUACUACGUAGGGCACAAGGGCAAGUUUGGACAUGAGUUUCUGGAGUUUGAGUUCCGACCUGACGGGAAGCUCCGUUACGCCAACAACUCCAACUACAAGAACGACACCAUGAUCCGCAAAGAGGUCUUCCUUACCCCUUCCGUCCUCAAAGAGUGCCGUCGUAUCGUCUCCGAUUCCGAAAUUAUGAAGGAAGAUGACAACAACUGGCCUGAACCAGAUCGUGUAGGACGACAAGAGCUUGAGAUUGUGAUGGGCAAUGAACACAUCUCGUUUACUACUUCGAAGAUUGGGUCACUGAUGGAUGUUCAGACCAGUAACGAUCCUGAAGGCCUCCGCAUCUUCUAUUAUCUCGUUCAGGACCUGAAGUGUUUUGUGUUCUCACUGAUUUCACUUCAUUUCAAGAUCAAGCCAAUUUAAUAAAAUCUUAAAGGUACAGCGUAGAUGUUCGGACAAUGCACUUACCCCAGUUGCCUUUUAUGUCCAUGGAUUUUUACUUUGUGUGGAUGAUUGCCUGCUUUGGCAUUGAAACCUUUGUAGUUCAGUUUGAGGCUUGC